AUGUGUCAUGGGGAAGGGUUUCCGGGAGUUCCUGAAGGGCUGUCAAAUGAAUACCGUGAAAUGGUUUUCGAUGCUUUUGGUCAUAAUGAAGAUCAAGGGCAUUAUGAAGAGGCAGAAGAGGAGCCUAAUGCACAAGCUAAGCAUUUUCUGGAUUUGUUAAAAGCUUCCGAACAACCAUUAUACGAAGGGAGUUCAUUGUCUGUGUUAGAGAUGGCUGCCCGAAUUACUAGUCUUAAGUGUGAGUAUAAUUUUCCCUAUAGAUGUGUUGAUGGAUUUGCUCCUUUUGUUAAUGAGGCUAUUCCUAACAACAACCAUAUGGCCGAUACAUUCUAUGAGGUGAAGAAGAUUGUAAAGGGGUUGAAGUUGCCUCAUGAAAAGAUUCAUGCAUGCCCAAAAGGAUGUAUGCUAUUUUGGAAGGAUGAUGUUCAGCUAUCUACAUGUCGGGUGUGUGUUAGAGACCGAUACAAGAAGACUUCCAAAGGUAGCUUAGUGCCUUUGAAUGUUUUAAUUUACUUUCCGAUCACACCGAGAUUGAAAAGACUCUAUGCAACUAAGAACAUUUCGGAGGAAAUGACAUGGCAUUCGAAAAAUCCUCGAGUUCAAGGCACAAUGGCGCACCCUAGUGAUAGUGAAGCUUGGAAGCACCUCGACAAUUGCUUUCCAGAAUUUUCCAAUGAGCCUCGUAAUGUUCGACUUGGCUUGUUUACAGAUGGUUUUGCUCCUCAUGCAAAGCAGUUUGGUUUGAACACGGUGGCAAAGUUUCUUGGUUUGAUUGCCAUCGCCAAUUCCUUCCAACAGAUCACCCUUUUCGAAAAAGCAAAACUGUGUAAAAACAAAGUCAAAAAAGGUUCACCGCCACACAUCAUGUCAAGUGAGGAAUUGUGGGAAUGUGUGAGACACCUUCCAAAGGCAACUGAGGGGCCGGAGGAACUGAAACACCUCAAAAAAGCUAAAAAAGGGUGGUUCAAGCAAACCUCGUUGUGGGAACUUCCUUAUUGGAAGCAUUUGCUCAUUCGUCACAACUUGAAUUUCAUGCACAUUGAAAAGAACUUCUUUGAUCAGUUAGUCCACACCAUAAUGGAUGUUAAAAAGCAUACAUGUGACACGCCAUCGGCUCGAAAUGACAUUGCCAAAUAUUGUAAACGGCCACAACUUCAUAUGCAUGAAGAUGAUAGAGGAAAAGAGUUCAUGCCAAAAGCCCCAUUCGCUCUUGACAAGGCUCAAAGAAAAGUGUUAUGUGAAUGGGUUAAACAGUUGCGUUUUCCAGAUGGAUAUUCCUCCAAUUUGAGCAGAUGUGUGUAG